AAAACACCUAAACGCGAGUGAAUGAAUAGGUACUACCUUAUUGGGAACUUAACAGCAUUCUGUCACACACCUCUGGCAUGUAGCCAUGCUGGCCACAAGACCAUGGAAAUGUCUUCAGACAAUGCUGGCUCCCUUGGCCAAGAGACUGAGAUGAGCAUUGCGCCCGUCGGACAUGACUGAACAGGGAAAUCUUUACCUUUAGCAGGAAGAAACGAAUUUAAAUCUUCCACUCGGUCUCUUGCUUGUACAGUUAGUUUAGCCUCAAUCAAUCCCGAGGUUGAUUGAUUCUUAAUCCCCACCAGUUACUGAGUUAUACUGUUUCCGUGCUACCCCAAUUUUCCCCUGAGCUCAGUUUUAUAUAUCUUUUCUUUCCCAAUAUCCAUAGCUAUUACCCUGCAGCAAAUAUCAAAUUUGAUGAGCUUGCAAAAAACCAGUGUAGAGUUCUCAGGUAUGAAAAACUCUUAGAGUGUGAAAAUAAAGCAAAGAAGCUUAAUGCUGCACAGUAAGUCACGUACAAAUGGGCAAACGAGGAUAUAGAUGACCAAGACUCUUUCCUCUUCUAUACAUUCAAACAUUCAUGUGUUGUUCCUUUAUUAUUAAAUUAUCCAAUUGACCUUACAGGUAUACCAAGAUCCUGAUGAAAGAUAUCGAUAUCUUAAAUUCAGCGGGCAAAAUGGACAAGAUGAGGUUGUUGAACAUCCUGAUGCAGCUGAGGAAGUGUUGCAAUCACCCGUACCUGUUUGAUGGUGCUGAACCAGGCCCUCCUUACACCACUGAUACCCAUUUAGUGACCAAUAGUGGCAAAAUGGUUGCCCUGGACAAAUUACUAUCGAAACUCAAAGAACAGGGUUCCAGAGUUCUUGUUUUUAGCCAAAUGACUCGCUUAUUGGAUAUCUUGGAAGACUACUGCAUGUGGCGAGGUUAUGAAUAUUGCCGCCUAGAUGGGCAAACACCGCACGAGGAGAGAGAGGAAGCAAUAGACACCUUUAAUGCUCCAAACAGUAGGAAGUUCGUUUUUAUGUUGAGUACAAGAGCCGGAGGCCUGGGGAUUAAUCUAGCAACAGCUGAUGUUGUGAUCCUCUAUGAUUCAGAUUGGAACCCUCAAGUCGAUCUACAAGCGAUGGAUCGUGCACAUCGGAUUGGUCAAAAAAAGGCCGUGCGGGUAUUUCGGCUUAUCACUGACAACACUGUUGAAGAGAGAAUAGUAGAAAGAGCCGAGAUAAAACUGAGGCUGGAUUCAAUUGUUAUUCAGCAAGGAAGGCUUAUCGAUCAGCAGUCCAACAAACUAGCAAAAGAUGAAAUGUUGCAAAUGAUCCGUCACGGAGCAACACACGUCUUCGCUUCCAAAGACAGUGAACUGACUGAUGAAGACAUUACCACUAUUUUAGAAAGAGGUGAAAAAAAGACAGCUGAAAUGAAUGAACGUUUGCAAAAAAUGGGUGAAAGCUCUCUUCGGAACUUCACAAUGGACACUGAAAUGAGUUUGUACAAUUUUGAAGGGGAAGAUUAUAGAGGGAAACAAAAGCUGAGCAUGAUGGAAUGGAUCGAGCCCCCAAAACGAGAACGCAAAGCCAACUACGCUGUGGAUGCCUAUUUUAGGGAAGCUCUCCGUGUCAGUGAGCCUAAAAUCCCAAAGGCUCCGCGACCUCCCAAGCAGCCAAAUAUUCAAGAUUUCCAAUUCUUUCCACCGCGGUUAUUUGAACUUCUUGAAAAAGAAAUCCUCUAUUAUCGGAAGACGAUAGGCUAUAAGGUCCCCAGGAAUCCUGACCUUCCGAAUGCAGCCCAGGUGCAGAAGGAGGAACAGCGGAAGAUUGAUGAAUCGGCUCCUCUUUCUGCCGAAGAGGCCGAAGAGAAAGAAAGGCUGCUCACCCAGGGUUUUACAAACUGGAACAAAAGAGACUUCAAUCAGUUUAUUAAAGCUAAUGAAAAAUAUGGCCGUGACGACAUUGAUGAUAUUGCCCGUGAGGUGGAAGGAAAGUCACCGGAGGAAGUUAUUGAGUAUUCAGCUGUAUUUUGGGAACGUUGCAAUGAACUCCAGGACAUUGAGAGGAUCAUGGCUCAGAUUGAAAGAGGAGAAGCCAGAAUACAGAGGAGGAUUAGCAUCAAAAAAGCACUGGAUGUCAAAAUUGCAAGGUAUAAAGCCCCUUUCCAUCAGCUGCGAAUUCAGUACGGAACCAACAAAGGCAAAAAUUACACAGAAGAAGAAGAUCGGUUCUUGAUAUGCAUGUUGCAUAAAAUGGGAUUUGAUAAAGAAAACGUGUAUGAAGAGCUACGACAGUGUGUGCGCAACGCACCCCAGUUCAGAUUUGAUUGGUUCAUUAAAUCCAGAACUGCCAUGGAACUCCAGAGACGGUGUAACACGCUUAUAUCGCUCAUUGAAAAGGAAAAUAUGGAAAUUGAGGAAAAAGAGAAAGCUGAAAAGAAGAAGCGGGGAACCAAGACACCAGCGUCUCAAAAAAGAAAAGCCGAAUCUGCUACAGAAAACUCUGGAAAAAAAGAUGCCAAGAAAGCAAAGACGUAGAACUGAGAAACUGUAUCCAACUGAAAAAAAAAAUAUUUUCCUCUCUAACCCAAGUUUUUGAGGCUGUCUGUGUAUUCCUAGUACCGUUUCCCCUCAAUUCUUCGUGGUUUAAAUUUUUGCAAAUCUGUAUUUUUUACGUUGCCUUCCUUUACCUUUUGAGUAGCUUAAUAUUUUAUGCAUUCCAAUAUUUUUAUGCACUUGUACUUUGUGAUAUUUCUUAUGUCUUCAGCAAAAUUUACUCGGUCCUUGUUCUUCUAAAGAUUGUGCUGAGUUUUUUUUUUAGCUUUCAUGUUUUAUAUGGUGCUGCUUUCACACAAAUGAAGCCCCCCCCACCCUUCCAUUGAUUCCGUAGUUGUACUAUUGUUUGCUACUUUAUAUAAUUGUGGAGACCUAAAUGGAAUUAAAAUAGCCUGAGGUGAAAGACACAUUUAACGUCGUCUGCUCAUUUUCAAUUCUUUUUCAUGUACAGCUUUUGAUAUUUUGAAGGAGCACUUACAGAAUUGUCAAAAACGUUUUUUUUUUUUUGAAAAGGCAACUGGGCUGAUUCUUUUGUGGAGGAGGAAGAAGAAAAAAAGACGCUUUGCUUCCUAUCCUGGAAGCAUCAUCAGUUGUAUUAGAUGGUGUGGGAGAUGGAAGGACAAUUAUUGACAGUUGAGAUUAGUUGGGCAGGAGGGAAUGAUUCUGACAAGAUGAGAGCCGAGCUGGCGCAGUGGUUAGGGUGCAGUACUGCAGGCCACUUCAGCUGACUGUGAUCUACAGUUCAGCGGUU